GCUACGUGAUGUUUUUGUUGUUUCUCGUCGCAUAAGCAAAACAAAACAGUCGCCGUGUUUUCCGGGUUUUCCACAUGUUAGGAAAAUUAACGCUUUAAAAUCUUCAGAUCAACGUAUAUCAGGACCACGUACCGUGCCGUAAAUAGAUAAAGUUCUUUCUCUUCGAUUAGUUACGAAACGGCUUUAAAAUUCACGACAAAAUGAGACACUUUUUUGGCAACUCUUUAGGAGGUGAUUCAGAUGACGAGUUCGACACCAUUUCGGAACCCGAGCUUAUUGUAGACCCAUAUAUAAUGGAAGAGUUUCCAACAGCAGCGAAUGUUGGGGAUGAUGAUGACGAUGACUACGAUCCGACAGGUGCUAUUUCCCUUGGGACGUCGUCGAGCGAGGAUAACGAUUCGGAUGAUUCUGAUUCCGAAAAAGAGUCUGAAACAGCUAACGGAGAAGAGAGUACCGUUAAGAGUUCUUCCCCAAAAAGAGCCAUCGACGAUUACGAUGAAGAAAUGGAGGAAGAUGAAGUCAUUAAGGCGAUUAUUACGGAAAUCAAAAAGCCAAGAUCGAAACCACCGGACAUAAAAACGGAGGACUUUGUGACGGGAUUGUGCUUUCAUCCGGAGCAGGAUUUGUUGGCCGUGGGAACUACUACGGGCGAUGUGAUGAUGUACAAGUAUACGAACGAUGAAUGCACGCUGAUGCAAACUCACGAGGUUCACACGAAAUCGGUUCGUGAUGUGGAUUUCAGCAUGGAUGGUGAUAUGUUGAUUUCAACAGCGCGAGAUCGCACUAUUAUGGUAACGGAUGUGGAAACAGGAAAACUGAAACGAUUUUGGGACAAUGCUCACGAGGAACCGGUCUACACGAUGAGCUUUAUAAGCGAAAACACUUUUGCCUCUGGCGACGAUGGUGGCGUACUUAAAAUGUGGGAUGUACGGCAGAAGGAGGCUAUCUUUACUUUGAAGGAAGUAGACGAUUUCAUUUCCCGCAUCAUUACCAACGAUCAGCGAAAGUAUUUGCUGAUGACCAGUGGGGACGGUUAUUUGACGACAAUCAACAUACCUCAAAGAAAAAUGUACAUUCAGUCCGAACCGUAUGAAGAAGAGUUGACGUGUAUGGGGAUUUUCCGCAAAGACAGCAAACUGGUGGUUGGAUCGUCCAAAGGAAAUUUCUACACUUUCAACUGGGGUCAAUUCGGCUAUCAUUGCGAUGCAUUUACGGGACCAAAAUCCGGCAUCAACAAAAUGAUUCCCAUCACGGAACGCAUAGCAGUGACCGGUGGCGAAGAUGGUAUUCUGCGGGCAAUGCAUCUGGUGCCAGGUCGAGUGCUUGGAAUCGUAGGCCAGCAUUCGUUGGCGGUAGAAAUGAUGGAUAUAAAUAGCACGGGGGAGCUUAUUGCGUCCAGUUCGCACGACAACGAUAUUCGCUUCUGGAAUGUCCGGUACUUUGAAGAUUUCGAUGACAUUGAGUACAACAGUAAACCGGACAAGAAAGCAAUAAAGCACAAUUUACCUUCCUCGAAGAUGACCAAUGCCGCGGACUUUUUCGCUGAUCUGGCUGGACAGAGUGAAGCAAAUACAGAUUAAAUGUUAUUUGUAAAGUUUAGUGAUUAUUCAAGACACAAAAUCGUGGAUACAAUUCAGUAACAGAAUGAGCGUCCGCAGCUAUUUCUAGCGGUUUCUGUUACAUGCUAUUUUACAUGGAAAAUAUAAUCUGUUGAUUUUUGAGAAGUA